GCGGAGACAGAACGCGAAGUAGGAGUAAAUAAAGGUAUCUCAGACAAGCAGAUACGGUUGAAAAUUUUCUCACCAAAUGUCCUUGAUAUUACUCUGGUGGAUUUGCCUGGCAUAACAAAGGUGCCUGUUGGAGAUCAGCCUUCUGAUAUUGAAGCUCGGAUCAGAACAAUGAUAAUGUCGUAUAUUAAGCUCCCAAGCUGCUUAAUUUUGGCUGUAACACCGGCUAAUUCUGACUUAGCCAACUCGGAUGCGCUUCAGAUUGCUGGGAAUGCUGACCCUGAUGGUUAUCGAACCAUUGGAGUCAUCACAAAGUUGGACAUCAUGGAUCGGGGUACUGAUGCUCGUAACUUUUUACUUGGAAAAGUGAUUCCCCUUCGCCUUGGUUAUGUUGGUGUAGUGAAUCGUUGUCAGGAGGAUAUUAUGAAGAACCGGAGUAUUAAGGAUGCUCUUGUAGCUGAGGAAAAGUUCUUCCGCAGCCGUCCUAUAUAUAGUGAUCUUGCUGAUCGCUGUGGUGUACCUCAAUUGGCAAAAAAGUUGAACCAGAUCUUGGUGCAACACAUCAAAACCCUUCUUCCAGGAUUGAAAUCACGCAUUAGUGCUGCACUUGUGUCUGUCGCAAAGGAGCAUGCUAGCUAUGGGGAGAUCACAGAGUCACAGGCUGGUAUGGGUGCUCUCCUUCUGAACAUUCUUUCCAAGUACAGUGAAGCAUUCUCUUCCAUGAUAGAAGGAAAAAAUGAAGAAAUGUCAACUUCUGAGCUUUCUGGUGGAGCAAGAAUUCAUUACAUUUUUCAGAACAUAUUUGUGAAGAGUUUGGAGGAAGUUGAUCCUUGUGAAGAUUUAACCGAUGAUGACAUCCGAACUGCCAUUCAAAAUGCUACGGGUCCCAAAUCUGCUUUAUUUGUGCCAGAAGUCCCAUUUGAAGUUCUUAUCCGAAGGCAAAUAGCACGUCUAAUGGAACCGAGUUUUCAGUGUGCCAAGUUUAUAUAUGAUGAGCUGAUAAAAAUGAGCCAUCGUUGUAUGGUCAAUGAGUUGCAGCGGUUUCCAAUUUUGAGAAAGCGUAUGGAUGAGGUUAUAGGAAAUUUUUUGCGUCACGGACUGCAACCUUCAGAAGUAAUGAUUGGACACAUUAUUGACAUGGAGAUGGACUACAUAAAUACUUCACAUCCAAAUUUUAUUGGUGGGAGUAAAGCUGUGGAGAUUGCAUUACAGCAGGUCAAGUCAUCUAGGAUUGCUACACCUGUCCCCAGGCUGAAGGAUGGAGUAGAUUUAGAAAAAGCUCCAACCUCUGAAAGAAGUCUAAAAUCACGUGCUAUCUUUGCCAGAUCAGUUGGUGGUUUUGUCCCUGAUCAGGUUGUUCGGCCUGUUCCAGAAGUCGAGAAAACCACAACAUCAGGAUCAAAUGUUGGUUCAAGUUGGGGGAUAUCAUCAAUAUUUGGUGGCUCGGACAAUCGUUCUUCUGCGAAAGACAAUUUCAUUAGCAAGCCGUUCAGUGAUCCUGUACAGAACAUGGAUCAUGCUUUCUCAAUGAUCUACUUGAGAGAGCCCCCAAGUGUCUUGAGGCCUUCAGAAACUCAUUCAGACCAGGAGACUAUUGAAAUUGCCAUCACAAAACUGUUAUUGAGGUCAUACUAUGACAUUGUCAGGAAGAAUAUUGAAGACUCAAUACCUAAAGCAAUCAUGCAUUUUCUGGUAAAUCAGACCAAAAGAGAUCUCCACAAUGUGUUUAUCGAGAAACUUUACAGAGACAACCUCUUCGAAGAAAUGUUGCAAGAACCUGAUGAGAUAGCCACAAAGAGAAAGCGUACACGAGAGACACUUCGUGUUCUUCAGCAAGCUUCCAAGACAUUGGAGGAGUUACCACUUGAUACUGAGACAGUUGAAAGGGGCUACAGCUUGGGUACGGAUCAAACGGGCCUUCCAAGGAUUCACGGGCUUCCAACAUCAUCAAUGUACAAUACAAGCAGUGGCUCAACUGAUUCAUACACCACUUCUCCUAACUCUAGAUCACACUAUGCAUCCCAUUCGGGUGAGCUAUGGUCACCAAUGUAUGGUGGUGCAGAUUCUAACGGCGGUGGGCAUAAUUUUGGCCUUUAUCGUCAGUAGGUGUAUAGAAGGUUCGAGAAAUGCAGGGGGUGACCAUUCAUGAGAGUACUCAUUUGAUCUCUCCGCCAUCAUCACAAGCCCUCUUUGCUUCUGGUGCAGUGGAGAGCUACUAUUCUUUGUGAUGUUUGCUAAGCUGACCACUAUUAGCUCACCGGCACAUUUUCUAUCUCCUUAGUUUAACUAUAAACAAUUGUUUGUAAAAGCUAUACGAAAAAAUAAACAGGGAGUUUUCUUGUUCAUAGGAUGAGGCUAGUUUUGUGGCCUUUUGGUAUGAUAAUUGGCAAGUGUAUUUAGCCAUCAAUUUUUGUGUUCAAUCCUUUAUUUGCUUUCACACUUUUAUCAACACGAUUAUAGGAAAUAUCAUCACUUAUGUAUAGUAUGCCUUUAUUUUGGGAUUUUGUUUUUGUAACUUUCUGCACAA